AUGAGGAGGCGGGGUUAGGUGAUUUUUACCUAGACAUGGCCGACGGCGGCAACAACUGGCGGCCGCCGCGCCCCUGCGAGGCCUACCGCGCCGAGUGGAAACUCUGCCGCAGCGCAAGGCACCUUCUGCACCACUACUACGUCCACGGCGAGCGGCCGACCUGCGAGCAGUGGCGUCGCGACCUGGCCAGCUGCCGCGAGUGGGAAGAGCGCCGGAGCGCUGAGGCCCAGCGAUCCCUCUGUGAGAGCGAGCGGGCCCGAGUCCAGGCUGCGCAGAAGCACGCCCUGGUGUGGGCCCUGAGGCGGAGCCCCCCUGCAGAGUGGCACCUUCCUCUGCCCCAGGACGAGAAGGAUGAGUGAGGAGCAGCCCUGCCUGCCACCUCUGCAGCUGCCUCCGGCCUAUCUGAAAUGGAGCUGUCAUGCAACCCUAAGGACUGUCACUGGCCUGUUGUACUGGGUGCCUAUAAGCUCCACCUGGCCUGGAACAUGGAGCAGGACGUCUCCAGCCCCACCUGCUCCACCCCUCACCUGCAAUCAGGGAGCCCCACUGCGUGACACUCUGGAAGACAGUUGGACCCAUUCCAGAGCUUCAGGGAAGCCAAGCAGCGUUGCAGCUAUCUGUGAGCAGCCAGGGCAGGCUGGCUCACCCUUCUCCCCUGGAACAACAGCAUGGCAGAUGGCAGAAAUGAGGUCUAGAAUUCUCGGGUAAACUCUUGAGUCACAGCCCUGACCCGUGUGGACACGUGUGGAUCAGAAUAAGGUAGCUAAAUUGUGCUGCUGUGAAUGCCUUACCUGGUCUUUGAGAAACAGGCCACUAUGUCCUGGGCUUGGUGAACCACGUGUUGCCAGUCACUGGCCUGGGAAGCAUGGAGCUCCCUCUCUGGCCCACUCCCUCACUUUCGCAGCAGUCACAGGUGGGCAUAGCCGGUGGCCAGGAGGCAGGGUGGGACUGAGGAAGGGGUUCACCUGACCUCUGGGCCAGCUUUCCUUCUCUCCUAAGCUCAGAGCUAGACCUCUUGGAGACACUGGUUUUAAAGAAAUGUACACAGCCUCAGAACACACAGCCUUGCAUAAAAAGGAUUCAUGGAUUCUUGGCUUAAAAAACCCAAGCCCCAAACACAUGGAUUUAGGUUUCUUUCCCUCAAAAUUUCCCCUGGUCAUUUUUAGAAAAUGUGGAAUUAAAAGCUAUUUCACACAUUUGAUUGAAAUAGAGGCUGAAAAUUAAAUGCGCAUUUGUUAGAUUUCACACCUAACAUUAUUGUGCUCAGACAGUAUUAAAAUUUUGGAUGCUUAUACUCUUGUAGAUGUUUAUAAGUAUGUAUAUCAACCAACAAGAAGUCUAGUUUUUGAAGAGGUCUCUUUUACUGCUAGUGAAAUGAUUUAGCAGUGUGCAGUUCAUAGCAGACCUGCUGUGUGGUAUGGUGGUGAGGUGGCUAGGUACCCAGUGGCUGUCCUUGCUCUCUUCCUUGCCAGCUAGAACCACUGCUUCUUCGUGCUCCCUCAUGGCUAGGCUCCAUCCUGGCCACCAGCGGUGGGCCAAAUACUUUUUAAUUCAUUCUCUGGGACAAAAUAAUCCAUCUUUUCAAAGGGGCAUAAAUCCAAGAAUAAAAUUUCUCCUUAUGUGUUUUCUUCUGUACACCUCAAGAAUCACUCCCUGUGUCUAUGUGUGUAUCUGUGGGUGGCGGGGUGGGGGGAGGUGUUAUGUGCAUAUAUGAUUUCAAUAGCAGAGGUAAGUGUAAAGAAGAGCCAGGCUUGUCUCCUACCAUCCUAGGAGAGGGGGGACCUUGAUUCGUCUAAGCCAACCAUAGGAUCUCCAUCUUCCCCAUGGCUGUGGCUGGUUUAAGAAGGAGCAUUUUUGGCCAAUGAGAGAGGAGA